UAAAGAACCAAAGAUCUGUGGAAAAAGCACCAACCAUGGAAAUUUCUCUUCCACAGCUAUUCUAUCUGAUUCUUGUUGGGAUCACAAUUUCCUGCCGUGCCCAAGACACAUGUCCUGAUGUAAAACUCAUUGGAGUUGGAGAAUCAGAAAGAAUGGCCAUUCUAAGAGGGUGUCCCGGGUCUACGGGAUCCCCUGGGCAAAAGGGAGAAACAGGGACACAAGGAACCAAAGGAAACCCUGGAAUCCCUGGAAAGAUGGGCCCCCGUGGUGAGAAAGGAGACAUUGGACAUCCUGGACUGGUGGGGCCUCCUGGCAAGAAAGGAGAUACCGGAGCCCCGGGCCUUACGGGGAGUAGAGGACUGAGAGGAGAUGAUGGACUUCCUGGUAUUAACGGGUCGCCUGGAGUGAAAGGUGAUAAGGGAUUCCAAGGAACAAAAGGAGAAAAAGGUGAUCAGGGGGCAAAAGGUGCCUCUGGCCUGGGGUACAAAGCUGCCAGGAACUGUAUGGAGUUACGGGAUAGUGGAUUGGUCUUCACCGGCUGGUACACAAUCUAUCCAGAUGGCAAUAAGCCCCUCGUUGUUUUAUGUGACAUGGAUACAGACGGAGGAGGCUGGAUUGUGUUUCAGAGACGCCAAGAUGGCUCAGUAGAUUUUUACAGAGACUGGAAAUCCUACAAGCAAGGUUUUGGUAGUCAACAGAGCGAGUUUUGGCUUGGAAAUGAGAACAUCCACCUCCUUACGUCCUCAGGGAAUUUCCAACUGCGCUUUGACCUGGAGGAUUUUGAUAACAAUCGAACCUACGCCACCUACAGCAAAUUCCGACUGGAGGGAGAGUCUCAGAAAUACACCCUACGUUAUGGAGAAUUCACUGGGGGAACUGCAGGAGACUCCUUAUCCACUCACAGGAACUUGCCCUUUAGCACAAAGGGUGUACAUAAUAAUGCAGGCACCGCUAACUGUGCCGAAACCUACAAAGGGGCCUGGUGGUACAGUCGCUGCUAUUCUUCCUGUCUGAAUGGGGAAUACAGGCGAGGAGCGCACGAUAGUAAAAGCGGCGGAGUCCACUGGAACACCUUCCGAGGGGUCAGUUACUCGCUGAAAGUGUCUGAAAUGAAGUUCCGGCCGGAACGUUAGCAGGACAUCAAAAUGUAUUUGACUUAUUCAUAGGCAUAGUUAUGAUUAAGUGCAUUGCGCGCAAAAUGCGCCAGGCUAUAUUUUAUUUUUGCCUUAAAUAAAGUCUAUAUCCUACAAA